UCGCCGCCGGUUCCCGGUUCCGCCAUUUUGUGGUGACUGGUCUGUGUUUCUGUGUAAGAUUUGACUGAGCGCGGUUUUAUUAAUUUAGUAUAGUGGAAAAUAUAAUUAUUUAAUGAUUUUAAGUUAAAGAAGUGUUAAAAAGUUUGUUAUAAUGCAGACGGGUAGUGGAACUAAAAAUCCACCAUGGGCGCGAUCAAAUGUGAACACAAACAUAACCGGCAUGAAUCCCCAAAUAAUGGAUCCAAACGCCGCUAUGAUGUCGCAACAAGGCAUGAUGCCCUUUCAACAAACUCAAGCAGUAUUUAAUCCAAGCAUGAUGCAAGCACAAGGAGGAAUGACGAUGCCGAUGUCGAGCCAAAUGCCAAUGAACCAAAUGGCCCAAGGUCAAAUGUAUCCAGGAAAUGUUGUAGCGUAUCCCACGCCGCGCGCCAUGAACCCAAACAUGUAUCAAAACAACUCGUCGAACCAAACUCAACAGACAAACGAACAGCGCGUUUUCACUGGCACCGUAACAAAGACUCACAAUGAUUUCGGUUUCGUUGACCACGAUGUUUUCUAUCAAACAUCCGUGUGCGCAAAAGGUUCUAUUCCCAAAGUAAACGAUAGAGUAUUAGUGGAAGCUACUUAUAAUCCGAACAUGCCAUUCAAAUGGAAUGCAACGCGGGUUCAAGUACUGCCGAAGGGAGUACCAAACCAAAAAGUUAACCCUCAAAAGUCGAAUUCGUAUAACGCGGUUCCGCCGCCGUCUAACGCUAAAAAAUCAAUGCUAUCACGUCGAGACGAUCGCCGAGAUGACCGAGGCCCGCGUCGAGAUGACAGACCAAACAUUCCAAUGAUGAACAGGAAAAGAUCCCGCACCAGAAGUCGUUCAAGGUCCCGUGACCGACGAGACAGUCGUAAUCGCAGGGACUCACCCCCACGUAAACGUACCUUUGUUCAUCAGCCAUCACCAGCUAAAUAUGUUGUUCGAGUGCCAAGAAUACCUCUUGACAUUCAAAAAAUGGAUGUGCCGACAUUGUCACAGAGAUAUACCAAUCUGUACAUACCCUCUGACUUCUUUAAUGCACAUGUUAAGUGGGGUGAGACGUUCCCACCGCAGGCACCGUUUUCUUUGAACAAUCCUUGUGCAUACCACAUUAUGAGCAGGGAUGUUCCUGAUCCAAGUCCCAAUGAUGCUGUUUUAGAACCCCCAGAUGCAGACUAUAGAUUUUCAGCUAAGGUUAUGUUGAUCAGUAUGCCAACAUUAGAGAGUCUCUACCAAAAGUGUGGGCUAACAAAAGUUGAUGAUAAGGACAAACGUUCCAACAAAACACCUUUACAUCCUACUAGGCUGAUUAAAUUCCUAGUGGGCCAAAAGGGAAAAGGGGGUGAGAACUUUGCUAUAGGCGGGCCUUGGAGCCCUUCCCUCGAUGGGGACAAUCCAGAUACUGACCCAGGAGUUUUGGUUAAAACUGCCAUAAGAACUUGCAAAGCCCUUACAGGCAUUGAUUUAUCCAGCUGCAUUCAAUGGUACCGAAUGGUGGAGUUUUACUACUGGCGCGAGGGCAGCGGCGGCAAGGCCCGACUUGAGUGUGUGGUGUUGUUCCUGCCCGACGUGUGGUCGGCUCAGCCGUCGCGCGUCGACUGGACGACGGUCACCGAUCACUAUAAGGCGGCCUGUGACGCGGCUUUGAAACAACUAGACGGCGAGCAAGAGAACAGUUCCGGCGACGCGGCAGCGGCCGCGGGCCCCGACGACACCAGUGCAGCGGACAAAUCCCAAAUUGAAUCCAAGGAAACAGAUAAAAAUGACAGUACAAUUACGAUAGAUGAAAAUGAUGAUGACGAUGAUGGAAAACCAGAACCGACUCAUUAUUCCAAAAUUGAUGUGAGAACGUUAAAAGCUGAGGAAUUAAAACAAGAGCUACGCGCGCGCAACGUAAGCUGUAAAGGCGGUAGAAGUCAGCUAGUAUCCCGUUUAUCGAAGUUAGUAAAGACGGAGGAAGAAAAGGAACAAAAAGGUGAAGACGUCAUGGACGUGGAAGAAGAAGAGGAAGAAGAGGAAAAGAAACCAGCAUCAGACAAGGAAGACAAAGAUAAAUCUAAUGCUGACGAAUCAGUUAUUAUUGCCGACGAAAAAGACGAUAAUGAGGACAAGGAUAAGAAUAAAGAAAGUGAUAAAAAAGACAACAAAGACAAAUCUGAAGAGAAGGUAGAAAAACCCAAAACGGAAAAAGAAAUUGAAGAAGAAAGGAAAAAGCUAGAAAAGGAGAAGCAAGCGUUGAGAGCGCGCUAUGAGUUGCCCACGAGUCCGCACAUCAUUGUACAUCCAUCUCCAACGGCCAAGGCGGGCAAAUUUGGUUGCAGUGUGGCCACAGUGUCACUGCUACUGGACUAUCGCAUCACUGAUAACAAGGAACACAGCUUUGAGCUGUUUGUAUUUGCUGAGCUGUUCAAUGAGAUGUUGAUGCGUGACUUCGGGUUCUAUGUCUACAAAACUCUUUAUACUUUGCCCGAAAAACCAGAAAAAAUUGAUGAGUUGAAGGAAAAAGACAAGGGUGUAGAAAAGAAAGAAGAUAAGAAAGAAGAAAAGAAAAUAGAUGACAAGAAAGAGGAGAAAAAAGAUGAGAAAAAGGAGGAAAAAGAUAAAAAGGAUGAUAAGGAUAAAAAGGAUGAAAAAGACAAAAAAGAUGACAAGGACAAAAAAGAUGAAAAAGACAAAAGGGAUGACAAACGCGAUUCACGCAGACGAGAAAGAAAGGAUUCGCACAGCGACGAUGAACGCAGCCAAUCCCCGAGGCGUCGCAGCCGCGGUGUGGACUUGCCACCGGAUCCAUACCUGCUACUGUCGCUCGUGUACUUCGACACGGCGCGCGGGGGCACCAUCACGCGCAAGGACCUGCAGAACCUGUUCAUGAGCCUCGGCCUGCAGCUGUCGCGCUCGCAAGUGCGCUGCAUACUGGAGAAAGUGUGCAUUCGAGACACCUUCAGUUACAAGGCUCUCAUCCAAACUAUCAAAGACCUGUCCGCCUGCUCACAGGAAGUGAUUCAAGACUUGCCGCUCGACGGUACUGUGGUUCCUACUAAUGAAGUGCCUCCACACAUUGCGGAGUUAGAAGCCACCAUCGCGUCAGGCAACAGAGAGCUUCUGCCCGUGUUCAACAGAGACGGCGGCGACGGCGAGGCUGCUGCUGCCGGCACCAAAGAUGUCAGCGACAGUGGCGUAGUGAUGUACAAGUCGCGGCUAGUGGACGUGGGCGCGCUGGUGCAGGGCGCGUCGCGCUGGGCGGGCGAGCGCGCGCGCCUUGAGAGCGCGCUGCGGGACGUGACCGCCGCGCUGAAGGCCGCCCGCGCCGCCGCCGCGCGCACGCAGAGCGCCGAGCGCGGCGCGCAGUCGCAGCUCAACGACGUGUCCUCCGCCUUGAACGCAGCUCGGGCGAGGAUCGCUUCACUCACGGCCAGCUCUAAGAUAUUCCAUUCUGCACUAAAGAGCAUCCAAGCAAAAGUAGAAGCUGUGGUCAACAUCAAAUACGAAGACGACGACGUUGUGGAAGUUUUCAAUGGACCUUUGAAAUCCGAAGAUAGAAAAGACAGAAAAGAGGAGAAAGAUGUAAAACCAGUUGUCACAGAAAAGAAAGACAAACAAGAUGUCAAAGUCAAAGCUGAUGAUCAUAAAGAUAAUAUUGCUAAAGAAGAGAAAACUGAGAAAACAGAAGAGAACACACUCAAAGAGGGUGACCCUACCGACAAAGAAACUGAUAUUACCACUGCAGAAAACAUGGAUCUUGACGACAAGGAAUAAUAUUAAAUGAUAAACAUAAUAUUAUGUAAUUUAAACACUACCACAAUUUAAAGAUCAUAAGAUCAAUGGCUGAAUCCUGAAAAGUUAAAAAACAGUCUUUAACAUCAACGUCUAUGUAGGUAACUACAGGACAAAGGACAGGUUAUUAAAAUCGGUUCAGUACUUUCGGAGUUCAGAGAGCAGUAUAGAUUAAAGAAAUGAAAUAUUUUUUACUUUUUCACAUUCGCGAUUUUGAAUGUAGGACUCGUACACGGCUUUCGUACUAUCGUACGAGAUUAUGUAUUUUUUAUUUAUUUAUUUACAUGCCAUUUUGAAAUUUUUAUUAUUAGUUUGUGGCAAUAGAAAUACACUGAAAAUUUCAACUACCUAUCUAUUGAGGUAAAUGAGAUACCAGCCCGCUGACAGACAGACGAACAGCGGAGGCUUACUAAUAGGGAUCCGUUGGUACAGAACCCUAAAAAUGAGCUCUUGUUAGUUUUAUUCAGACUUAGAAACUCCACUUCUAAUGAGCUUUUCAGUAUUCAGCGAUACAUUCGCCAAAUAUUACAUUAAUUUCAUAGGCAAAGUAAAAGACUACCUGAAUCAAUUAACUACAUACAUUUUAAGUAUUUGGUUGAAAUUAAUGGAUAUCCCGGACGUGGACAAAUAAACUUAAAUAUUGUAUAAUAAAUUUCCAUAUUUACUAUUAUGUGAUGUUGCACUUAUACAUUUUAUCUUAAGUAGGAAUGUAAGUGUUUACUUAAUACUUGGAACAAUGUAAAGGAGGGUCCACACCUGUGAGCUGAGCGGCUCAUACACUGCUCUGCUCGCAAGUGUGUAUCCUAAGAUUGAACGUUUUGUGUGAUCCCUAAUAAGAAUAAGUAAUGGCAAUUAAAAUAUGGUCAAAU